AUGGAUGUGAAACCUCCAACCCAACCUGUGGUUGGAAAUUCAUGGCUGAUGCCAAGUGUGAUGGCUGCAUUCAAUGUAGUCAUGAUGGUCAUGUUCAGUGGCUUCUUUUUUAUUUUUCCAUGCCGAUGGCUAUUCCAAACUGGGGAGUGGGUCUAUCUGGUGAUUACGGUCCCCCUGUUCCUGUUCACCUUGGGCAGUAUCAUUUACCUCAACUUCUCUGAUCCAGGAACCAUGCAUCGAGGCUCCUUAGAGGAGGACCCCAAGUCGUGCUACGUGGCCCGGGUGAAACACAGGGCCUUCUGCCUGCAGUGGUGUGCCAAGUGCUCCUUCCACUCUCCUCCUCGGACUGUGCAUUGCCCGCGCUGUGACAUCUGUGUGGAGGAAUUUGAUCACCACAAUGGAUGGGUGAACAACUGUGUGGGGCGACGCAAUAUUCGGAUCUACUUAGUGAUGCUGGGCUCCCUUUCUCUAUACUUGGGUGCACUACUUGGGACUUGUCUGAUUUUCAUUUUGCGGACCAAACACCUUUCCCUUUCUUUGGAUAAAGUCAUGACCUUCGUAGUAGUUGUACCUGUCGCUGUUGCCCUGCUGCCAGUCAUCUUGCGUCUGGUGAUCCAGGCUGUGUCAGUGAGCACUGCCAGGCGUCCCUACCAGAGGAAGAGCCAAUCCUUUGAAGGGGACAACCCCUUUGAUAGGGGCUGUAUCAACAACUGUUAUGCCACCCUCUGCACACCACUAGGACCAAACCCAGCGCUACAGUGGAAGGCCUCCAGUCUUUCCUACCCAGUGAUCCGGGAUGUGCACAUGAAGCCUGGAUGUGAGCCCCACAUGGAGGCCCUUGGGGCCCAACCCCCCAACUCACCUCCCCUGUUGGGAGUGCCCUGA